AGGUAGAUCACCGGACAAACACCGCUGUUAGAAGUCACAACGCGGGGGAAGAAGUGAGAAACAGUGAGAGGGAGAUUCACACAUACGAGGAGAGAAGCGGAGUGUAGCAGGAGAGUGUUGUGACUGUUCGGGCAACAGGAGCUUGUGGAAGCCAGGAAGAGGGCAGCCAAGCUUGAGGAGAUGCUGUGAGGAAGCGUGCCAAGUGAUGGAGCUUGAAGCAGCCAGCAGGCGGGCACAAUUAGUCAGAAUGGAUGACCAGGACAGAGUAAGCCAAGCAUCCAGUGUGGCCACCAUUUCCUACUUCCCUGUCAAAACGGAAAGUGAUGGAAAGGUGCAAGCAUUUGGGAAAAGAUGUCAGGCUGCAAAGAGAGACCCCAACUGUCCUGUGGUCAUCAGAGGAUGGCUCAACAAAAAAGAUAGCUCUGGUUUGAAACUGUGGAAGAGAAGAUGGUUUGUCCUCUCCAACUACUGUUUGUUUUACUAUAAAGACAGUAGAGAAGAAUCUGUGCUGGGCAGCAUCCCACUCCCCAGCUAUAAAAUCCUGUUCUGCACACCACGAGAAUGCAAGAACAGAAAGUUCACCUUCAAGGUGGUGCACCAGGGAAUGCGCUCUUAUUUCUUCAGUGCUGACACUCAGGAGGAUAUGUUGGGUUGGGUCCGAGCCCUCAGUCAGUCUGCUGCAAUGGAGCCAGACAGCUCCAUGAACAGGCGUUGCUCGAGUUAUCAGGAUUUCACACAGCUAGGUGGCAGCAGUGAAUCGGUGGACUUCCCUAAAUCCCCCUCUGAUGGAGAGGGUCCCUCUCAAAAACCUAGGCAUGUCAGCAGAACUCUGAGUGAACCGAAUCAGCUCACUGGUGGGAGAAUGGGAAUGUCACACACAGAGCAUAGAGGGAGGAGGACUGUGCGUCAGAGGAACAGCAGCCCAUUGCCCCGAACACCCAGCCCCCCCGAUUUCAGCAGAAGAAGAGCUUGUGGUCCAAACCAGGAAGAAGAUUCUCUUCCCUACAUCUCUGGCCAAAACACAUCACCCACACAAUCAGACAUCAUGGGAACAGGUUCUUUGCCCUCGAGAGGGCAGCUGGGAUCACGACCUCACACACCAGUGGGAAGGGUUGACAUCCGACCCCAGGAUGACCCACUCAUGGUGCCACAGACCCUGAACUACACAUCUACGUCACCUAAACUCGAGUACAAAUCCACCCCUAAUACUCCAGUCUCAGAAAGGUGGCAAAACAUAAGCAAGCCUAUACCUACAUAUGGUUCUGUCCAUCAUAUCCCGGGUGGACGAAGACCUUUAGGAAAGAGCUACUCUACGGGGGCACAUGCAGAAUUACUGCCCCCUUUGCCCCCGUCAUCGAGAGCUGCACAUGCUCCCCACCCCCCACACCACCACCAUCAUCAUCACCACCACCGCAGCCAUUUAUCUGUUUGUGUGCUACCGCCAGCUAUGGCCCCAAAGUCAGACCUGAGGGAAACCCCACCAAUCAGACCUCUUGAAAGUGAUGCAGAUGCUGUGUUGACAAGGUUGUGUGGGUGUGACAAGCUGCUACAGUCUCUGUCUGGAGAACUGGCCCAGCUACAAAUGGAUAAGGACAGUGUCCAGUGUGCAUUAGAGGUGUCCAGACUGCAGUUGGAGGAGUGGGGCAGCCAUGGGCCCCAGGCCCAGGAAGAGGCAUUGACCCAGAAGGCUUUGCUCCAAGAAGAGCUAGUCACGAUUCGGGCCAGAAUGUGUGACGUAUCGUUGGAAAUGGAGCGGGUUUGGAGUCAGUAUGAGAGAAUGGAGAGUGAACUGUCUGUUAUUCGUUCACACCUUCAGCACAUCUGUAACUUUGGAAUACCACAGGAGCAGUCUCAGGCCCAGAGAGAACUGUGGAUGAUGGAGGACAUCCUCGCUGGACUGAAGAUCAACAGGGAUCAAUUCCGCUUCCUGCUGGGACUACAGAGGCACCACAUGUUCCAGCCCACAUCCCCACAUCCUGGAUCUCCUGGCUCUCCAACAGAGAGGCUGCAUAGCGGACUGCCAAUGGAUGUAGAACAAGAGCCUCCAGUCCGUCCACCGUUACCCCAGGAGCUACAGGAAAGCAAGCAGAGCAGGGACCAGGGCCAUGGCUGGACAGAGUCACCAUAUGAGGGAAUCUACAGCCACUCUGCAGAUCCUGUACACAAAAGAGGGAACAACCAGCCUGACCUCCUUAAUGUGAAAGCACAGAAAGACACAUCCGAAUCCCAGUCUAGCUCAAAGUGGAUCACAACAGACCCAACAAACCAAUCAAGCAAGAAGAUGAAGAUGAGUGAAGAGGAGCAGAUUGAGAGGAUGAAGAGGAAUCAAGAGAGGAUGACAAACAGGAAGAAACCCCCCAUACCCUCUCCAGGUGCCCAAACCCAGAGUCAAAGUUCAGAGACACGAGAAGAGGCCCCCUUCCCUUUAAGGGUGACACGAGUUGUUACAGCUGUUCUACCAUCCUCUCUUGUGGCCAGACGGGUUUCUGUUGAGGAUCCCCCAGCUGAGCUUGACACUCCACUGCCUGAGCAGAUCCCACCUGAGAUGCAGCAGAGAUUGGCUGAGCAGAGUAAAAAAAUGUUAAACAAGCUGCCCAGGCGGUUGCUGCUAGAGAGCCCUGAUGAAAGCUGGUCCUCAGCAGAGAUGCACCAGGAUCAGGCCGUUAAAAAUACAAGCAGACAGCAGCAUCAGAGACUAUCCAGGACCUCCAAGAGGGAGUCGCGGCCAGAAGUGAUCAGAGCUGAGCCUACAGACACCUCAAGGACCCAAGUUCGAGACCAAGCAGGUUUAGGUACUGGAAUUGUGAGCUUGGACAUCAGGGCAGAGGAACGGCCUUCUGCCCUCUUGACCUCUGACAUGGACCCUGUUCCCUGUAUGACCCCUGAGCAGCGAGAGGCCAAACUCAGACGUGUGGAACGAAUUCGGGAGAGAGUCAUACAAAGCGCAGUCAGAGAGAGUGCCACAGCACACAAUCAGCUGCCAUGCAAGGGGGAGGGGCAGGAAGUUCACCAGGUGCCCCGUGACACAGCUAGAAAGCAAAGGGCGACAUCAGACCAUGUAUCUAAUGAUGGUUGCUGUGGGAAUAACCUCAGAAGUCCUCCAUGUUAUAGUCCUGCAGAACUUGGGCCUCCUAGUGGUACAUCUCAGGAUGAAGAUGAACAGCAUCGACAUGUAAACAAUCCUAAAAGUCAAGUGAGGUUUGGGAACAAAACACAACACAAAGAUCGUAGUGGGAGAACAGGGGUUGCCAAAACUAAAAUCAAACGUCCAGCUUCGCCGUAUCAUAUCUCAUCUAUGACUAUCUACCCGAAAAAAGGAGGCCAGGGAUUUACGACUUGCAAAGAUGGAGAGAGGCAAGAGCUCGACGCACCUGAUGCUGAUGAUGAUGAAAGUAAUUUUCCAUCAUCCGAUCUGAGAGCCAAGUGGUUUCUCUCCACGAAAAAGUGGCAAGGGUUCAUACCUCUGCAGAUCCCUGGCGUUGACACAUUGUGCAAUGAGGAGGUAUCAGACAGUGACAACCAACCAGCAUGCCCCGAUGAUGGGACUGAAUCCAAUGAAAUGUCAGCCACAGUCAGUCAAAGCUUGGAGAAAAUGAAAGAAAAUCAUUCUCUUUUCUAUAAGAUUGCAUGUGACAUCAGCAUCUCCGACUCAGACAUAACAAGGAAUGAUGGGAAUUCAAUUGCCCAAACGACAUCCAAGCCAGAGGAGGAAGAAGAACUGGUAAUCGCUGAAUCUGUGGCAGAUGAAGUGACCCAUAAUGUUGGGACAACAUCUGUCCAAGAGAGCAAGAACUCCAACCUAAGUUUGCCAUCAGAUGUUAAUGAAAAUGGUCUUUCCACUAAUAACAAAGUCCAAGAUUCAACACCAGAAACAGAGGACAAAGCAGUGUUAAAUACCUCAACCACUCCAGCAAAAGAGGCAUGUAUUCAUGAAGAGAUCCCUGAAAAAGAAUGUGAGGACACCUCAAGGCAAGAGCACCAGUUGAAAGUCAAAGAAACGGACCAUGGAGCUUCUGUUCAGGACAAUGAUUCUGAUCAGGCCCCAGAUGAAAGUGCCAAGACAAGAGAAGAGAACAGUGGGACGAAAGAGUCAGACAAAAGGAAGGUGGAGCGAGAGAGAUCUGAAGAGCCGCAGAAAUCUAGUAGUUUAUGUGAGGAGAACAAAGACACAGUCCAGGAACGAGGCAACAACAACUCCGUCACUUCAUCUAGCUCUCUGGAUGAUGGCAGACGUUUGAUUCGAAAUGCUUCUUUUGGAAAGGCGCGGGUAACAGUAUUAAGGACAAGUUUGUAGAGGCAAGAACAAGGAAGGCUUAAGGAGCUUAAAUGGACGGACUUGUGAAGGACAAGAACAUAGUUAAGUGAUUUAUGGUAAAGAAAAAAUGUCUGAGCAGAAGGACUUAAAGUGACUGAAGAAAUUUGGACCUAACUUUGAGUUGCAAAUGAUUAAAUGGGAACAUACAAUAGCAGAAAUAGACAUAAUCGUUGAAAAACUUGAACAUCUCCAUUACUCAUAAUAUACCAUUUGAUAAAAGAAAAAGUCUUAAGAGUAUUUUAUCAAAACAGAGACUAUGUAUGCACAUAGUGUUGCUCUUGCAGGUGACCUUAUAUAAAGUUGCAGUCAAAUACAUGCCCAUUCAUUCAUUGAGGUUAACACUUUCAUUCCUCUCACUAUACGUAUCUAACAUAAAGCUAAAUGGAUGGCUGCUUAUUGGUGGCAACAUAACCCUGUUAUUGUCAUGUAACAAAAUGUGUUUGUGUUUUGUAUCUCAAAUAUCCUGAUUAAUAAACAUGUUGUGCACUACAUUGAGACCCCAGCUCCUGAUUUAUAUGCACUAGAAAACACAUUUAUGUAUCUCUCU